AUCGCAUCCUUUUUUUACAAGAGGUCAAUGAGAGCUUCGUGACACUGAGCAUCGUUCCACAGGACUGCUCCCUGUCUGCCUUCCCGUCACAAUCGCUGCAGAGCCGCGCGCACCUGCCCGGACACACUCGGGUCGCUCUAGUUUCCUCUCUCCUCUGCAGAGGAUCCAAAUCUGGGGUUCGCAGUUUGGAGAGCGCAUUGGUGAUGAAUGACGGUGCUGACUGCAGAACUGGACCUGGGCCCCAACCCGAGGAGAUAGAGUGAAAUAGUAGAGAGAGGAAGAAACAGAUUGCAAUUGAGGGAGAGAGUGCAGGAGAGAGAGAGAGAGAGGGGGAGCGAGAGAGAGCGCGCAAGAGAGAAACGAAAGAGAGAAAAAGAGACCGUGGUUACUAUUUAGUUGCCGAGAGCCGCGUGACAGUUUGCAGAUGCCGACAGAUGUGCCCGAAGACAGGCUCUACAACGAGGAGGCGGCCGAGUGUGACAGAAUGACUCUGUCCACCACCUGGUCCCCCACCGUUCGCAGAGGAAGCACUCCUCUGCCAAUAAAGCACCAGCUCAGACGGGAAGAAGCUGUCCACGAUGACUGCGAUUGGACGUCAGGUGCAGCUGGACCUUCUGUUUCACCAAUCAGCUUCAACCCAGCGUUGGCUGACACUGUGACCGUGGAUGUGGAGGGCAGACGUGAUGGGCCGUGCAGGAUCGCCCUGCUGGGGCAGAACGGCGUGGGGAAGUCUUCUCUGGCCAUCGCCCUCGCCGGGGACUUGGACAGGACUGCGUCUGUGGAUUCCGAAGGGGAGGGUUACGUGCGCAUAGUCACCGUGGAUGAUGAGGAGAGCACCAUCAUUAUCUAUGACAACUGGAGACAGGACCUGUCGGCUCUGCAGUGUGAGGUGUGUGUCCUGGUGUUUUCAGUCACUGACAGGCGGAGUUUCCACCGCACUGCUCAACUCCGACUUCUCCUGAGAGAGACUCAGCCCCAAACUCCCAUCAUCCUCGUCGGCAACAAGAGUGACCUUGUUCGCACGCGUGAGGUCACCUCUCAAGAGGCCUUGUCCAGCGCUGCUCUCUUCAACUGUCUGUAUCUGGAGAUCUCUGCCUCUCUGGACCACCGUACUCAGGAGCUGCUGGAGUGCGUGGUGCGGCUAACCAGGGGCCAGUCCCCCUGGCCCCCGGGGAGCAGUGCGGAGGACAUGAGCGGCAGCCAACGGGGGAGCAUCACCUCCCGUGCCAAGCGUUUCCUGUCCAGCCUUGUGCCCCGGUACCCGCGAGAGCGAGACGUGAGCAAGUUCAUGAGGCAGAAGUCCCGCUCGUGUCACGACCUGGGGGCGCUGUGACCAGAUGGAUGCUUAGAUGGUUAACAGAGGUAGCUGGAAGGUGAUGUAGUAUACCAGCAAAGAGAGGGAGCAAGUAGUGGACAUGAGAGGGAGUAACGGAGGAGGUGUGACGGUCCCGGAGUGACAAUGUUAUGAGCGAUCAUGUGCGUCCAGCAGAGGUAAACAGGGAGAAUGACAACAAUUUUAAUGAUGUUAGUUCAUCCAUAGGAUGAUAUAGAAAUUUUGUCCACAAGACCAAACAGAAAAUGAAAAUUAUUGUUGCAUAACAUGUAAAUAAACUGUAGUGAGAGCUGAAUAAAUAGCUUUUUUGAGUCUUGAGACAGUCACUGCAUGUUUCCCUCUGUUGCUUCUUAUUACACUAGCUGUCCCAUUAUUAUUAUUAUUACAAUAAAGCAUCAAUUUAACAUGCCUAGGACAAAGUCAUGACCACACAAAUUACUUGGGCUAGAUUUUGCUGAUUCAUGCUGGGUUCGUUAAAUCUCAGCUCUUGUUGUAUCCAUGGGGAUGGAACGUAGUCAAAUAGUUAAAUGCCAGCAAGGAGAGAAAGGGAAUAAAAGAGAUAUAAAAAGUGGACUGACAGAGCUCUGCAUGCAAGAGGGAACACAGCAUUGUAUACAGAGUGAUUGUUGCUAUGUUACGGUUGUCAAGGAGAUGUGGAAUCACUGAGACUUACACAUUAUGUCCAUUUCAGCUCUACCUCUAAUCUUUAUGCUGCAUACAGAUUUGAGGGAUGGGAAAGCUGACUUCCAUGCAGCAAAUUGUAUUUUUAAACUUAAAAUCCAACUCCAAAUUAAAAUGCUGAGGAUUUGUCAGAUAUCACUACACACACACUCAUCUGUAUCACUCUCCUCAGCACUUCCAUCCUCCCACUUCCACCCACACUUCAAAGAUUUAGCACACCACAGGUCAUUAAAGCCAUCCUUUAUCAUCAAAGGAAGAGCUGUACUACAGUAGGAGU